AUGGCUUUUGCUAAGAAGAUGAUGCUAAUUGUUUUGUGGAUGAUAAGAAGCAUAACAGAGGAUAUUCCGGGCUGGGGAGUCCUCUUCAAUGGGUAUGCCGGAGAUGGAACUGUCAGUGUUAUGAUUGCAACUUUUUUGUUCACAAUUCCAAGCAAAAAGCAAAAGGGUGCUGGUUUAGUCAUAACUGACGGAGUUCGAUCCAGUGGCCUGGCUAAUAUAUUAUCUGAAACCCUAGAUUUUUUGGGGGCAGUCCCAUAUGUUGCCAUUGCACCUGCUGUGUGCCUCAUAAGUAGUUCCAUCACUGAGUUGAUCAUAUCAAACAACGCAACAACCACGCUUAUUAUUCCUCUCCUAAUUCAAAUUGCCAAACGUAUGCAUGUGCAUCCUCUCCUUCUGAUGAUUCCGGGUGGCAUUGGGGCACAAUUUGCUUUCUUGCUUCCUACGGCAACUCCUUCAAAUACCGUAGGAUUCGCCACUGGCCACAUUGAGAUCCAAGAUAUGAUCAAGAUUGGCUUGCCAUUGAAGAUUGUUGGGAUUGCUGUGUUGUCCCUUUUGAUACCCACUCUUGGUAACAUUCCUUUUCUCUUCAUUAUUUAG